CUAGCUCGCACACGUUACGAGCAUUUGGCUCGACCAAGCAUGGCAGGGUUGGUGUAAAAUGCCACCAACCAAAACACGGGAUUAACGCAGAUUGCACCUUUGAUUGGCUAUUGGAGAGGUUUACGGAACAUAUUAUAUACUGUGGACGUCCAGGGGCGGGGCAUAACAAAAAGUAAUGGCCAUUUAUUUAGGGUCUGGCAAGACAGUGGAUUUCACAGUUAUUCUAUAGAAUUCGCCGUUUGUAGAGCAUGACAAAAAGGUAAAUACCGUAACCAUUAUUACUAGGCGUUUUCGUUCAUAGCAGUCGCGUUCUGUCUGACUACAAUUGAUACAUCGCCUAAAACUGAUUGCGCAAUUAGGGUUAACCAGCCCUACACGCUAACGAUCAGUAUCAGCUCUAGAGCCAGCAUUUAGAGCCUUCGUUUGGGCGUGAUAGUUUUGACAUUUCGAGUCGAUCACGUACGGGUCUUUGUAAUACGCAGUUAUUACACAGCAUCGAACAUAUUUACUGCAAUUCAACAUGGAGAGGAUUUUUUUUCUGUAGAUAUUGACGACGAAAAACGGACUAAGGGCAACUUGGUCUUGGGAAAAGUUGUACACAGGAUUAGAGAUAUAUAAAUGGUUAAGAGAGUUGUCAAGUCUUUAUCCUCCAUCUACAAACAACGGCAUGCCAAAAUCUCAGUGAUGGAAAAUACGGCUGUGAGUACCUCCACUCUGGCCAAUGAGGAGUUUGACAGAAACGUACCGCGGAUCUGCGGUGUGUGUGGGGACAAGGCCACGGGUUUCCACUUUAAUGCCAUGACCUGCGAGGGCUGCAAGGGUUUCUUCAGACGCAGUAUGAAGCGUAAGGCUAGCUUCACAUGCCCCUUCAACGGCAGUUGCACCAUCACCAAGGACAACCGCCGCCACUGCCAGGCCUGCCGGCUCAAACGCUGCGUGGACAUCGGAAUGAUGAAGGAGUUCAUUCUGACAGAUGAGGAGGUGCAGCGGAAGAAAGAUCUGAUCCAACGGAGGAAGGAUGAGGAGGCGCAGCGGGAGGCGCAGAGGGAGGCGCAGCGACCCCGGCUGAGCGAGGACCAGAGCCAGGUCAUCGCCACACUGGUGGAGGCACACCACAAGACCUACGAUGACUCCUACUCCGACUUCAACCGAUUCAGGCCUCCGGUCCGUGAAGGCCCAGUGACACGCAGUGCAAGCAGAGCUGCUUCUCUCCACUCUCUGUCUGAUGCCUCAUCUGACUCCUUCAGCCACUCUCCAGAGUCUGUGGACACUAAGCUGAUGAACUUCAGUAACCUGCUGAUGAUGUACCAGGACCAGGAUGGCAGCCCGGACUCUAACGACGAUGACGGCUCCAAGCUCUCCAUGUUGCCCCACCUGGCCGACCUGGUCAGCUACAGCAUCCAGAAGGUCAUUGGUUUCGCUAAGAUGAUCCCCGGUUUCAGGGAGCUGACGGCUGAGGACCAGAUCGCCCUGCUCAAGUCAAGCGCCAUCGAGGUGAUCAUGCUGCGCUCAAACCAGUCCUUCAACCUAGAGGAUAUGUCCUGGAGCUGUGGUGGGCCCGACUUCAAGUACUGCGUCAACGACGUCACUAAAGCGGGCCACACUCUGGAGCUGCUGGAGCCCCUGGUUAAAUUCCAGGUGGGACUUAAGAAACUCAACCUCCAUGAGGAGGAACAUGUGCUACUCAUGGCCAUCUGCCUCCUCUCCCCAGACCGUCCUGGCGUGCAGGACCACGGGCGCAUCGAGGCACUGCAGGACCGUCUGUCGGAGACGCUGCAGGCCUACAUCCGGCUGCACCACCCGGGCGGCCGCCUGGUGUACGCUAGGAUGAUCCAGAAGCUGGCGGACCUGCGCAGCCUGAACGAGGAGCACUCCAAGCAGUACCGCUCGCUGUCCUUCCAGCCAGAGCACAGCAUGCAGCUCACCCCGCUGGUGCUGGAGGUGUUCGGCAGCGAGGGCAAGUGUGUGUGUGUACGUAUACGCCACAGAACACGCUCCCAUUCAUCUCUGCCAAAGGUAUUGGCCGUGUUCGAGAGCAUCAAAAGAGUGAACAUGGGUAAAUUAUGACUGACUGAUCUACAAAUAAUAUUGAGUAGUUAUUUAUGACGCAAGGUGAUUUGUAGAUCAGUCGAUCAUGACUUCAUUUGAAGACUGCAAUGUCGAACGCGCCCAUUGUCUAUGUUCUCAAAGCUUCCGGUCUGCUACGAGUGUUGCCUUGUGACGCCUUCUAUGAGCACACUUUUCACCAUUUGUGCUAUCAUCUAGGAAUUGAUGAAGGAAACGUAUACACUAUACAGCAUACAGAAUAUUUUCUGUAACCCGGAAGUAGUUUGGUUGUGGAGUAGUGUGUGGGGGGCUGUGGUUGUUUAGCCACUAAAGCAAGCUGUCAAUCAAACCAAGCCAGAGCUCUGGUUGGUUAGUUUCUUUGUUUCUUGGAGAAGGGGCGGGGGAAGAAUUAUGAUAGCUGCAAAUAAAUGUAGCUGCAAAUGAUAUGUAUCCCAAACACUAUUAGACCACCUGUACUCAAGAGUAUCUAUUAAAGUAUGUCUAUGUUUAAGUUUUAUCACCAUUUUCAAAGGGCUACAAAUGCCAAAAUGUGAUUGGAAAUGCAUAGUUCGGCCGGUUACUCUACUGGCUACGUCUUAUAGCCACAAUCCCUGCGAGUAAUCUGGACAACAUCUUAAAACAAUUACAUGAAUUGUUCAUUUUUUCCCUCAUAUGUAGACCACAGUUUUUAGUACAUGUAGUGUUUCAAAGCUGCUUGUUCUUAAUCUCUCCACAUAUUUCACUCCUUUAAUUUCCGACUGCGAUGUGGAAUUAUUUGAAAAUAAUGUCUUGAGGACGCGGAUGGACCGUUUUCUGUUGUGUUUUUUGACAUGUCCGAGUCCUCCGGUUUGAUGUUGUAUACUGCGCAUCCUGUAAAUACUAUGUAUCAAUACAAUAACCACAGCUGUACACAGGGCUACAUACACAGUUUAUUAGGUACACCCAUCUAGUACCCCUCUUUGCCUCCAGAAUUAUUUGGGGUAUGCUACAAUUUGUCGGAAACGUUCCACAGCGAUGUUGGUCCAUGCUGACGCGAUGGCAUCACGCAGUUGCUGCAGAUUUGUGAGAGCAGCCCGUUCCAAAGAUGCUCUAUUGGGUUGAGGUCUGGGGGCUGUGCAGGCCAACUCGCUGUCAUGUUCCUAGCGAUCUUUUUCCACUCUUCAAUUGUCCAGUGUUGGUGACCACGUGCACACUGGAGCCGCUUCUUCUUGUUCUUAGCUGAUAGGAGUGGAACCCAGUGUGGUCGACUGCUGCAAUAGCUCAUCUGUGACAAGGAUUGACGAGUUGUGCUUUCCGCGAUGCCGUUCUGCACACCACUGUUGUACUGCACUGUUAUUUGUCUGCUUGUGGCCCGCCUGUUAGCUUGCACGAUUCUUGCCAUUCUCUUUCAACCUCUCUUUCGACUGAGUUGUUUUUGCCAACGGGACUGCUGAUGACUGGAUGUUUUAUGUUUGUCACACCAUUCUCUGUAAAAGCCUAGACACUGUCGUGCAUGAAAAGCCCAGGAGGGUGGCAAUUUCUGAGAUACUGGAUCCUGCGUGCCUGGCUCCAACGAUCAGGGUAGCCAACAGCAGGGUAGCCUAGUGGUUAGUGUGUUGGACUAGUAACCAAAAGGUUGCAAGUUCAAACCCCCUGAACAGGCAGUUAUCCCGGUUCCUAGGCCGUCAUUGAAAACAAGAUUAUGUUCUUAACUGUCUUGCCUAGUUAAAUGAAGUUAAACAAUACCACGCUCAAAGUCACUGAGGUCACUCAUUUUAACAUUCAAUGGAACAGUAACUGAAUGCCUCGAUGCCUGUCUGCCAGCUUUAUAUAGCAAGCCACGGCCAUGUGACCACUGUCUGUGGGAGCUAGGUGGUGUACCUAAUAAAUUAGCCGGUGAGUGUAGAUAUUACUACUACUAUCUCUUAGUAAGGAAAUUCUUGGAUUAUAUAUGCAAACAACAUGAUAUUGAUGACCGUGUUUUACGACUUAUUUUCACUUUCUCUCUCUGAAACACUAUGCUUUCUCAACUUUCUAUAUAUACUGAACAAAAAUAUAAACGCAUGCAACAUGCAACAAUUUCAAAGAUUUUACUGAGUUACGUAUAAGGAAAUCAUAACAAUUUAAAUCAAUAAAUUAGGCCCUAAAAUAUGCUUUUCAACUGACUGGGCAUUGGUGCAGCCAUGGGUGGGCCUGGGAGGGCAUAGGUCCGCCCACCUGGAAGACAAGCCCACACACUAGGGAGCCAGGCCCAGCCACAAAAUGGCUUUAUUACAGACAGAAAUACUCCUCAUCAUGCUGUUUAAUCAGGUUCUUGAUAUGCCACACCGGUCAGGUGGAUGGAUUAUCUUGGCAAGGGAGAAAUGCUCACUAACGGGGACGUAAACACAUUUUGCACAGAAUUUGAGAGAAAUAAGUUUUUCUGCAUAUGGAAUAUUUCUGGGAUGAUUUAUUUUACUCAUAAAACAUCGGACCAACACUUUAACACGUUGUUUUAUAUUUUUGUUAAGUAUAUAAAGAUGGAUCUAUAUAUGUUUAGGUGGGGACGAGUGAGUGAUUGGCAAUGCCUAGUGGCCUAAACUCCAAAUCAAAUUAAUGAACCUAUUGACUAAGGUUGUGUCGUUGAUGGACGUUUGACAUCUUUGGUUAAUCAUUUGGGAGAAUGAGGAUGUUCUACAAGCUGAAUAUACAGUGCUGCUCUCUAAUAUAAGCCAUAUGGAGGGAGAGAAAAACAAACAAAGCUAGUUUUAAAAAAUGUCCCUCGUAUUGAUGGGGCUGGAGAUACACAGUUUAUAUAUUUAGAAUGUGUAUUUCUAUGGCUCAGAUAUUCUAUUAGACAUGUAUAGAGUAGAACCGACUUCUAUGCUUUCAAUCAUCUCAUUCCCUUGUCCAUACAAGAGCCUUGUGUGAUAAGGACACCGAAGUGGGUGCAACAUGUUGGCUGCGCUUAAAUCCAAUCCAUUAUUAUUAACUAUUUAGUCUACUCUACAGAGUACUUAAAGGCCGUCAUGGAUACGAUAGUCUUUAGGGGGAACCUGUUGACCACAAUGAAUGUCCUAUCAUCUGUUCGAAAGAAAUGUCCCUCAUAUUGAUGGGGAUACUUUCUAAAUGUAACCCUAAUCCGUCCUUACACAGCUCUCUGGUCUUGGCCAUUGUGGAGAGGUUGGAGUCUGUUUGAUUGAGUGUGUGGACAGGUGUCUUUUAUACAGGUAACGAGUUCAAAACAGGUGCAGUUAAUACAGGUAACGAGUGGAGAACAGGAGGGCUUCUUAAAGAAAAAUUAACAUGUCUGUGAGAGCCGGAAUUCUUACUGGUUGGUAGGUGAUCAAAUACUUAUGUCAUGCAAUAAAAUGCAAAUUAAUGACUUAAAAAUCAUACAAUGUGAUUUUCUGGAUUUUUGUUUUAGAUUCCGUCUCUCACAGUUGAAGUGUACCUAUGAUAACAAUUACAGACCUCUGCAUGCUUUGUAAGUAGGAACACUUUCAAAAUCGUCAGUGUAUCAAAUACUUGUUCUCCCCACUGUAGCUCUUUGUGUAUUGAUUUUCAUUAUGUACAGUGCCUUCGGAAAGACCCCUUGCCUUUUUCAACAUUUUGUUAGGUUACAACCUUACUCUAAAUUAAAGAAUGAAAACAAUUUUUUCGUGUCAAAUCGCCUAUUGGCAACCCAUCCCUUAUGAGAUUAAUUGACACAUAAACAAACAUUUACAAUAAUUCACUAACGUAAAUAAAUUCUUCUUCCGGUGUUCUCUGCAUUACGCAUCGCAUAAAGAAUGAAAAAAUGUAAGGUAAAAAUUAAUACAUAAUAGUAGAUAUGGUUGUCCAAACAAUACUUAUAUCCCUCGAGCAGUAAAAUAACAUACAUACACGCACGCACGCACAUACAUACAUACAUACAUACAUACAUACAUACAUACAUACAUACAUACGCACACACGCACACACGCACACACACACACACACAUACAUACAUACAUACAUACAUACAUACAUACAUACAUACAUACAUACAUACAUACAUACAUGCAUACACGCACACACACAUACACACAUACAUACAUACAUACAUACAUACAUACAUACAUACAUACAUACAUACAUACAUACAUACAUACAUAAAGUUGAAGUCAGAAGUUUACAUACACCUUAGCCAAAUACAUUUAAACUCAGUUUUUCACAAUUCCUGACAUUUAAUCCUGGACAAAUUCCCUGUCUUAGGUCAGUCAGGAUCACCACUUUAUUUUAAGAAUGUGAAAUGUCAGAAUAAUAGUAGAGAGAAUGAUUUAUUUCAGCUUUUAUUUAUUUCAUCACAUUCCCAGUGCGUCAGAAGUUUACAUACACUCAAUUAGUAUUUGGUAGCAUUGGCUUUAAAUUGUUUAACUUGGGUCAAACGUUUUGGGUAGUCUUCCACAAGGUUCCAAAUUGGGUGAAUUUUGGCCCAUUCCUCCUGACAGAGCUGGUGUAACUGAGUCAAGUUUGUAGGCCUCCUUGCUCACACACGUGUUUUAAGUUCUGCCCACAAAUGUUCUAUAUGAUUGAGGUCAGGGCUUUCUGAUGGCCCCUCCAAUGGCUUGCCUUUUUUGUCCUUAGGCCAUUUUGCCACAACUUUGCAGAUGCAAACCGUAGUCUGGCUUUUUUAUGGCGGUUUUGGAGCAGUGGCUUCUUCCUUGCUGAGCAGCCUUUCAGGUUAUGUCGAUAUUGGACUCUUUUUACUGUGGAUAUAGAUACUUUUGUACCCGUUUCCUCCAGCAUCUUCACAAGGUCCUUUGCUGUUGUUCUGGGAUUGAUUUGCACUUUUCACACCAAAGUACGUUCAUCUAUAGGAGACAAAACGCGUCUCCUUCCUGAGCGGUAUGCCGGCUGCGUGGUCCCAUGGGGUUUGUACUUGCGUACUAUUGUUUGUACAGAUGAACGUGGUACCUUCAGGUGUUUGGAAAUUGCUCCCAAGGACAAACCAGACUUGUGGAGGUCGGCAAUUUAUUUAUUUUCUAAGGUCUGAUUUCUUUUGAUUUUCCGAUGAUGUCAAGGAAAUAAGCACUGGGUUUAAAGAUAGGCCUUGAAAUCCAUCCACAGGUACACCUCCAAUUGACUCAAAUUAUGUCAAUUAGCCUAUCAGAAGCUUAUAAAGCCAUGACAUAAUUUUCGGGAAUCUUCCAUUCUGUUUAAAGGCACAGUCAACUUAGUGUAUGUACACUUCUGACCCACUGGAAUUGUGAUACAGUGAGUAAGUGAAAUAAUCUGUCUGUAAACAAUUGUUGGGAAAAUUACUCGUGUCAUGUACAAAGUAGAUGUCCUAACCAACUUUUAAUGACUCCAACCUAAGUGUAUGUAAACUUCCGACUUUAACUGUACAUACACACAUACUGUAUAUACAUGCAACCACACACACACACACACACACACACACACGCACACACACACACACACACACACACACACACACACACACACACACACACACACACACACACACACACACACACACACACACAUAAUGUGUACAGAUCAAUGAAUAUAGAAAAAAGUAAACAGAAUGCAUUGGAACCCAUUCUUGCACAAAAAGGAGAUUCAUGUGGGAAACAAGCCUAUACACAAUCUAUAUACACACGUACCAUUUACCACAUAGAAGAUUCAUGUGGGAGACAAGCCUAUACACAAUCUAUAUACACAUGUACCAUUUACCACAUAGAAGAUUCAUGUGGGAGACAAGCCUGUACACAAUCUAUAUACACAUGUACCAUUUACCACAUAGAAGAUUCAUGUGGGAGACAAGCCUAUACACAAUCUAUAUACACACGUACCAUUUACCACAUAGAAUUGAUUAAAUCGUUUUUCCCCUCAUCAUUUUACACACAAUACCCCAUAAUGACAAAGCAAAAACAGGUUUUUAGAAAUGUUAACAAAUUUCUUAAAAAUAAAUCACUGAAAUAUAACAUUUACAUAAGUAUUCAGACCAUUUACUCAGUACUUUGUUGGAGCACCUUUUGCAGCGAUUACAGUCUUGUGUCUUCUUUUGUAUGACGCUACAAACUUGGCACACGUAUUUGGGGAGUUUCUCGCAUUCUUCUCUGCAGAUCCUCUCAAGCUCUGUCAGGUUGGACAGGGAGCGUUGUUUUCAGGUUUCUCCAGAGAUGUUCGAUUGGCUUCAACUCUGGGCUCUGGCUGGGCCUCUCAAGGACAUUCAGAGACUAGUCCCGAAGCCACUCCUGCUUUGUCUUGGCUGUGUGCUUAGGUUCGUUGUCCUGUUGGAAGGUGAACCUUUGACCCAGUCUGAGGUUCUGAAUGCUCUGUAGCAGGUUUUCAUCAAGGAUCUCUCUGUAAUUUGCUCCAUUCAUCUUUGCCUCGAUCCUGACUUGUCUCCUUUGCCGCUGAAAAACAUCCCCAGAGCAUGAUGCUGCCACCCCAUGCUUCACCGUAGGGAUGUUGCCAGAUUUCCUCCAGACGUCACGCUUGGCAUUCAGGCCAAAGAGUUCAAUCUUGGUUUCAUCAGACCAGAGAAUCUUGUUUCUCAUGGUCUGAGAGUCUUUAGGUGCCUUUUGCCAAACUCCCAAGCGGGCUGUCAUUUGCAUUUUACUGAGGAGUGGCCUCUGUCUGGACACUCUACCAUAAAGGCCUGAUUGGUGGAGUGCUGCAGAGAUGCUUGUCCUUCUGGAAGGUUCUCCCAUCUCCAGGGAAGAACUCUGGAGCUCUAUCAGAGUGACCAUCGGGUUCUUGGUCACCUCCCUGACCAAUGCCCUUCUCCCCCGAUUGCUCAGUUUGGCCGGGUGGCCAGCUCUAAGAAGAAUCUUUGUGGUUCCAAACUUCUUCCAUUUAAGAAUGUUGGAGGCCACCGUGUUCUUAGGGACCUUCAAUGCUGCAGACAUUUUUUGGUACCCUUCCCCAGAUCUGUGCCUCAACACAAUCCUGUCUCAGAGCUCUACCAACAACUCUUCGACCUCACAGCUUGGUUUUUGCUCUUACAUACAUUGUAAACUGUGGGACUUUAUAUAGACGGUUAUGUGCCUUUCCAAAUCAUGUCCAAUCAAUUGAAUUUACCACAGGUGGACUCCAAACAAGUUGUAGAAACAUCUCAAGUAUGAUCAAUGGGAACAGGAUGCACCUGAGCUCAAUUUCGUUCCUCAUAGCAAAGGAUCUGAAUAUUUAUGUGAAUAAGGUAUGUAUGUUUGUUAUUUUUAAUGCAUUUGCACACAUUUCUAAAAACCUGUUUUCACUUUGUCAUUAUGGUGUGUUGUGUGUAGAUUGCUGAGGAUUUAAUUUAAUUUAAUUGAUUUUAGAAUAAGGCUGUAAUGUAACCAAAUGUAGACAAAUUCAAGGGGUCUGAAUACUUUCCACAAGGCACUGUAUGUAUAAGACUUGGUUAUCAUGUAAGUGCCACAGGGCAGGAUGUUGUCACAAAUCUCCCUUUAGAGAAGUACAGGGUAAGGAGAGGUCUCUCUCUCUCUCAGGUCUGGUUUUGUACAGUUAUAGCUGCUCAAUAUUCAGUCAAAUGUAGUGGAUUUUCCAAAACGCUUUAUAAAGAAAAGGCCUAAUGUGGCUUCAUGACCUACAGUCAGUUGAUUUCAACUCCAGACAUUUCAAAAGCUGUUCAAUAGCAGUAAUUAUGAGUUGAAGAACAAAAGCAAAAUCAGAAUUUUAUUUUAAUCCAUUUUAUGUCAUUAGUCUUGGUUAAGCAUUUUUUCUUUUCAUUCAUCGGUUUAGAACGUCUACAUUUUUGUGACAUUUUGAUCGAACUUCAAACUGGAACGUAGGAACCAUUAAUGAAAUGAAAUGAAACUAGAACUUGGAUUAUUUAGAGUUUUUACAGUUGUCUGUCUCUUUUCCUUACUUGUUUAUUUAUCUAUAUCAAACGGGGCGAAUACCUAGAAUACAGGGUGUGGUGCACUAGCAUCAGCUAGCAUAAUGGUCUCAUUUUUUUGUUUUAGAGUGUGUUCUUUUAUAAAGGUUGUACAAAGCAAUUACGAAUCCAGUUUGAGAAAUGAAUUGAAAUGUAACUCACAAAAAAAUAAUAUACAUUUUUUUGAUCGAGUGAGAUUUGCCUUUCAAUACAUUUUCAUAAUGUGAAAGGGAUCGAUAUACUGUACAGUACCGUUGACAUUCACGUGUAGGUUUUUUUUCUUCAAACAUUAAAAGGAGUGUCCACAAUGGAUGUACACAACAAUGAUCUACCUCUUUUAGCUACAGAUUAUGCUUUAGCAUUAAAGGAGUUUCCUCUGUUUUUACUUUUGUAAUAUGUGUUGGUAUUUAUUGCUGUCUAAUGAAUCAAUGAUUACCUCAAAGAUGUCUCACCAUGCAGACUGGGGGACUAUACAGCUAAUGAAGUCAUUGGUAGUUUUUUUUGUACAAUAUUUUUUUACUAAAAACAUUGCCUUUUUUUAAAGUAACGAACAAACACCCACCAGAGGUUGUGUUUUAAUUGUGCCUGCAUUCUGACCAAUGGGGGUCCAGGCUGUGUUCUGGUCGACCGGGGUUGUGUUUCAUUCUAAUACGUGGUUUCCUCCCUUUUUCUCUUAGUUCACUCGCGUUUCGCCCAUCUGACACAACUGGGUAGUUGUAUGUAAGGAAUACCUCCACCUGGUUUCCGCCAUAUUCAGCUUACAGUGAACAAGGACAGAAGGGAGGGAGCAACUUCCUGGAAUGAAACGCUACGAGAGACUUAAUUGUGACCUCUGUAUAGAGGGGUCAUGAGUCGUAUGGUUUCGGGUCGGAGAGUUGAUGCGUCUGCUCCUCUUGGUACAGUUGGCAUGGUCUUUGCCCUUACUAGAUGUUUCUCACUCUAUCCCCUAUCCAUCUCUCUUUCCUUCUUUCCCUCUAUCAGCUACUAAGUUUUCUCCACUCUCAUAUCCCCCAACCCACCUUUUUAGAAUAAACUCUUCUGUAUAGAUCUUAUUUUCAGGAAAGGGCAGAAGUUCUGACAGGACAAAGAUCAGUAUCCAUUUAAUGCUGCUUUUAUCAAGAACAUCACAGAUCGAUCAGUGUAUUGUUAUUCUUACUAACAUUGGCACGGUUGGGUAUCGCCCAGCAGAUAUAUGCUAACCAGGACAUGUGAGGCCACAGUGUCUGUCGUGUUAUGUAGUUUAUUAAAGCCAAGUAGUUUAGGUUGGUAUAAAGCUAUAGGAAGCUGGUUCUAGAAAAGCAAAUUCCUAUUUGAACAAUGUAGACUUGAGGAGCUUGAUGUCCAUUUAUUGACUUUGAUUAAACCACUUUAAUCUAUCAAUGAGGCAGCAAGUAUUGUGUAAUACUAAUCACCAGCUACUCCACUUUCCAACAUGAAGGCACUUUUCUUCUUUUUUUUGACCAGACACUCUAAGUCUUUGAGCGUACUCCCUCUGGUGAACUGGUUGUGCACCAUUUGGUUGACAUUGCUCAGUAAGUACCACUUAAAAUUGCUACUAAUAUCUGUGAAUACAGUUUUUGAAUAGUUUUUGACAAUGCUUCCUACCAUCUUUCCAACUAACUGUCUCGAUUUUGACAGUUUGUAUUCAAACAGAACUUUAAAAAAUAAAAAUGUGUCCAGCAAAAGCAGUCAGAUUGAUAAUCAGUUCUCGUGCUAGCUAUUGGAGGCUAGCUAUUGGAGGUAUGUAGACCUCACUAGACUUAUAUCAAAAUCGAUAUAAACUCAUGCAAAUAAGAGUACCAAAGUGACCUGCAUGCACAAAUAAUUCCUUUUUCACAAUGAAAAUGGGGGAAUUAGCUCCCAUGUACUCAUCACGCUACACUUUGGAGUACAGGGCAGGGAGUGAAAGGAGUUCAGAUUAGCUAGCUUUGUGUUACCUAUGUAUUGGCUAUAGAUAUUGACAGCCAGCAGACACUGUGGUCCCUCGGAGCCUGAGUUGAGUGCCUAUAUGAACCUUGUAAUGCCUGGAGAGUGUUUCGCAAAGCAAAAUUAGAAAGUUAGCAAACUAGCUUUUUUCCAAGUAUCGUAAAACAACUCAAAUUUGUUCUUGAUUCUCGAGACAGCUAAUUUCAAAGAUUGGUCAAUAGUACUUCCUUACCUAUUAUUCUUGCAGCUAACUGUGAUUCUACUUUACCAAUCUUUGUGGGCAAGAAUCUAGUUGAAGAAGAAUUGUUCAACUAAAAUGUUAGAUUGUUAAAUGAAAAAUUCCUGUUUUUAACACACUGCACCACUUCACAUAGAAAGCCAGAAACAACAGAAGCACUUAAGGUAUUGUUUGUAACACAAUGCAUACAUUUGGAUGAAUAUGCUCUACAUUAAUGCCUGUCCAUUUCAGCAUUAUAUGGCUGCAAUUAUCAAAGUAGUUCAUCUAAUUUCUUGCAAUGUAUAUUUUUGUUUUUAUUUCAUUUAAGAUAUUUUUUCUUUCUAUUAAAACAGACAUUAUAAAUUGGUGUUUAUGUAUGUUAUUUUUGUCAGAUGUUUUGCAAAUCAAAUAAUAAACAACUGUGUAAUGUU